AGACGGAGGAGGAGGCUAUGAGUCGUCCUCAGUUCAGAGUACCAUUUUAAAAUCAGCAGCGAGAGGGAAGAAGGUAAAGGGGGAACAAGAAUGUCAGAAAAACUUGUUUAUGCUGACUUGAACUUGACUGAAUCAACCAGGCCCAAACUACAGAAGGUCACUGAUGUCCAAGAUUCUACAUAUGCAGAAGUGAAAGUGCAGUCCCUAGACAGAAGCGCUGCAGCUAGCUACACAUCAUCUGUAGGUAAAAGCUGUUGCUCCAGAACACGUGUUGCUGUAUUGGUUGCUGUGAUAAUCCUCCUAUUGGUCUUAGCAGUGUGUCUGAUACUCAUGUAUCACCCAACUGCAAGCAGACCAUCUGACUCAAAAACCUUCUCCACCACCUGUGAAGAUGCACAUGCACUAGGGCUGGAAUUAACUACAGAGAAUGGCAUGGAUCCCAGGUGGCCUGGUGAAAAUCAUAAGCAGAACCACACAGGCUGCCCCAAACACUGGGAAAAAAAUGGGGGAAAAUGCUACUUCUUUUCUCAAAUGCAGAAAGAAAACAACUGGAAUGACUCCCGUAAAGAAUGCACUGACAUGAAUGCUGACCUGGUCAUCAUUGACAACAAGGACGAACUGAAUUUUCUUUAUAAACGAUCUAGAAGUAAUUACUACUUACUUGGUCUCACAUAUUCUCAGAGUGAGAGGAAGUGGAAGUGGAUUAACAACGUGGAACUUAGCACAGACAUGUUUUGUAUAGGAGGAGACUUUACUGACUAUUUCUGCACUGUCAUUGGACAUGGCAAAGUAGAAACUGCACCUUGCAGUGGAGCCUUUACAACACAAAGUAUGUGUGAAAAAGCUGCAGAUAUUUCAGAAAGGCAGAAGGAGAGCUAAAAACAAGAUGUCCGAGCAGCAAUGUGAUCCCCAGCUUCCUGUAGGAACGGCAAAUGGGAUUUGUCUCAUUUAUCUCUAGCUGUCUAAAUAUCUAGUCAAAGGGACUCUUACAGGACCCUUCUAGACACCUUGCAAAGCUUAGCAUAUUCUUUCCCAAGAUGUGUGUCUGAGACUGGAUGGGUUCCCCUCUAGAAGGGCAUUUUCACACAUCAGGAGCCUGAGUAACUUGCUCAUACCAGAUGCCCAAGUUUCACACAGCCACUGUUAUAUGAUAUGAGUCCAGCCUUAGCGAUAGGUGUGAUUACAGACAGAUUCUGUCUCUUAUACACACAUGCAUAUGCACCCAUACAUUCAGAGCCCUGCUUGUGCAUGAGGAGACACAUCAAAACCUUGCCACGCACUGGUCUUCCGUGCAGCCACAAGUGAAGGUUAGCACAUAUAUGUACUUUGGAUCCUGUAGAAAAGGGCAAACACACUCAUUGCCAUGUGUCAUAGAUAUAAUUGACAGCACAAAUCAAAUGUGUGUGUGUAUAAACCUUAUUCUGUAAAAGACUGUCUUUGUUAAAAAACACACUGGAUACCAAACCCUGUAGGGCUAAAAUGUGAUUCACCAAAACAUCCAGAAAUGAACCUACACCACAGCUCUGUGCAUAAAAAAACCACCAGCCCUGUGCAGGUGAGGGAAAGGAUAUCAGGUUUAAAAUUAGCCCAGCUGGGGAAGGGCACAGGAUGAAGAGCAUUAGAAACCACCAAAGCCUGAAAAACACAAUAAUAGCUCAAUUGGACAGAAAAUACUCAAAUCAAAAAACAGUUAUCUGUGAAGAAGCUGAUGAGAAGUAUGAGAGUGACCUACAGAGAAUGAUAACACAUUUGGAUUAUCCUGUUUUUCUUGGAUAAUGAUCAAAAGAGAAAAUUAUGCAUGAAGGUUCUUCCUGCACAGAGAAGUUAGAGCCAACAGCAGAAACAGGUGGUGCCAGUAGAACAGAGAUGUGAUCAGCAAAUGGUGAAUAUUUCCAAAGCUCUUCCACUGUGCCUCAGCAGCUCUUGGGACCCUGGGGCUUUUGUGACUCCAAGGAUUAUCAUUCUUAAUGUCUCCAUUAAGGCAGAAUCAUUCCUACUUCAAAUGGUGCCAUUCAUGGCUCUCUCCAUCUGCAGGAUGGAGAAAGACCUGUGAAUUCCUUGAUGAAGUGGCAGUGAUGUCAUGCUUUCUCAUUGGGGAAAAAAAGAGUUUUUGCUUAAUCAAAGAAUUUAUAAUCAGAACGUUCUGGCCAAGGAUAGUGAAAAUGGGAUCAUACGGGAAAAGCUCUCUCAUUCUGACUUCAGUUUGAUGCUCCUCAGACAAGCAAUACUCCUCACUGUCCUCAUUCAUCAAGACUCUUAUGAAACACGUUUGUAAUUCCCCCCAAAGAACAAAGUAAGAUUGUGUAGCUGUAACAGAACAAUCUCAAUGGCAGAAACCAGAAUCUAAACUAUUAUUUCAGAAGGAAGCUGUGCUGGAAGGGCUAUUUGUUUGUAGUCAGUAUAUUGGAGGGGGUGGGAGAGUGCUCUAUAUUGUGUUACAGAAGGCUGCCCUUUUAUUUUCAUAUUCCAGCCGCUGCCCUUUGAUCAGGUGAGCUCUACUGAAGGUGAGGUCAGGGAAACACCUCUUUCCUGUGAGCCACUGGACCUAGAAGGAGUUUGGAGUCUUCAGCAAGCAGCAGAUCUAAGCAGCUGUGAGUCAGAGGUGACAGAAAGGGGGAAGCUGAAGCUGCCCUAGGGCCACUGUGGAAGUACGUGAAGCCCAUCAAACCCAGAAAGGCACAGGAAGUCACAGGACUCAAAAGCAAAUGCUGCUUACAAGGAAAUCUCUAGCAAGGGAGGAAGUUUGAUCGAAAGUGGCUUAUUUACUCUGCCUCUGUGCUUUCUUUGUUCACAAAGUUAUCUUUUCCUGAUUUUGUUAUCUUAGUUUUUAAACAAAACUUAAGUUGACAGUUUGGGAUUCUUUUCUUAUCUUCUGGCGUGCCCACUGCAAGCAAAAGGUGAAACAUUUCAUACUAACUCUGACUUGGUCAAAGUUUCAUCCUGAUGCCAAGGACAAGCAAUCCUAAACCUAUCCAAACCUAACCUCUCAGAGCUCCUGUGGCUGGUGCCUGCAAAGAAUUACAAGGCUGGUUUAAUUAUUUAUGCAGUUGACACUGCAAUAGGUUGACACUCAUUUGGAUAGUCAGCCAACAGUGUCAGCACCAUUGGGCACAUUCUAGACAUCUGCAGGCUCCCUUAGUGACCAUUAUCAAGAAGAACCUGGGACUGAGAGAUACCUCCAAGAAGUCUUCCUAAGGGCUCAUCCUGUUUUCACAGACCUAUAUGCCAGUGUGUUUCAAGCAAAAUGUUACUGGGGCCUCACUUCUCUAGUCGGUAAGAAUUGACACCUCCACUUUUACCUGUGGUGUGGCUGACAUAAAUACCAUUAUUUCCAUGCAAUUCUCCCCCUGCACAGUUUGAUUUUAGUUAACUGGAAUGAUCUCUUCAUGAAAGUAACAACAAACAGAGCUAAGUGGCUGAGUACAUGCUUAAGAGAAAAUAUGCGUGUGCAUAUAUGCUUACACAUAGACACAAACAUACACAUUAACCCUCUGAAAAGCUUUCUUAGUUAAAACUGUUUGCUGACUAAGCUCUGCCCACGUGCCAUUUUAAGGAGGUGCCAUUCUGAAAAGAAGAAAAACCCAAUAUUUCAUUUUCUGCUGGAUCAACUACUAGAUGAGGAGGAGGACCAUGUGAGGAGAGAAGGAUCACUUCCAGCAUAGGAAACACAGGUUUCAUUUAUACAGGGUUGUUUUGCUUCAUUGUUUUUUGUUUGGGGCUUGGAUGCUUUUUGGGGAUUGAGGUUUUUUGUGGGGUUUUGGGGGUUUUUGUUGGGUUUUGUUUUCCUAGUCCUGGUAACUUAUGCUUGAGCAUGUUAAGUGCGUAUCAAAUCUUUGGAGAUGAAGUUACCAGACUCUACUGAGCCUCUAUAACAAGCACGUACAAACAGAUAUAGAGAGGCUGUAUUUAGAGAAAAGGGUAAUUUCCCUUUUAAAUUUCUAAUGUCCACUGGUGAAGGUGUUAUAAAGUUUCAGUGAAGUGGCUGUAUAAGUGCUUUUAACACAACUAACAAUGUGCUUUUUUCCUUAUUUCAGCAUUAGAAAUAACAGAAUUAAUGAACUGGGACUUAAACUAUAGGUUUCACUGUUUGCUCCAUCUGUAAAAAAAAAAAAGAAAAAACCUCAAAUGUUUCUAAAAAUGCCUUUUGAUAUUGGCUUGCUUUUAAAAGGCCAGUUUUGCUCUCUCACCCACAACUUUCUUUGUUAAGAAAGGGACCCUUCUAUGCUUUGCAACAGAAAUGCUUGGCAUAGGCCUGACUGACAGGAGCUUCCUACAAACCUCCCUGCUCCUCCUGGUCCUAGACUAGAGUCUGAGUGCAAGUGAGCAGUACAAAGGCUUCCUACAAUUAAGCCAGCGCUUAAACUCUAUGUUGCAAUUAGUAUAACUAUUUUGUCUAGGUGUCACAUUUUCUUGAUGCAGAUUGGUCAGUUAUUACUCUCUCAUGUAGAUCUGAUAUAAGGUAGUUUGUAGUUGCAAAGCAUAUUCUUUUCCCUUCAUGAAUUGAACAGCAGUGUGAUUGUACAGUAGCUAUGCCCAAGCGAUUAAAGUUUUCAAGCUUUCAGCAUUA